UGAAGGCACCACCAGUGCCGCUCAGUAUUGUGUGCGGUCUGCGCGCUGUGUCUGCUGCUGGCUCCCCUCUGUCCUCCAUUCUCGGCUCCAUCCCCGCUGUACGGCGCAGGCCCGAAGUAGCGCAGCCGCUCUGAGUCAUUGUACCACGGAUCCAGCUGUCUUGACCAGGUGGCCAAUAAUGGACGAACACGUCGUUCACCAGACAGAACACAUGACCACCAUCGAGGCCAGUGCCGUCAGCCAACAGGUCCAGCAGGUGCACUUAGAGGUACACGUGGCCACCUUUACUGAAGCAUCCAUGAUGAGCGCGGAGGAAGACUCAACAUCCUCACCGGAUGAUGAUCCUUACGAUGACACGGACAUCCUUAACUCGGCUGGUACUGAUGAGGUCACCGCCCACCUGGCUGCUGCAGGGCCAGUAGGAAUGGCUGCUGCUGCUGCCGUGGCAACUGGUAAGAAAAGAAAGAGGCCUCAUAUCUUUGAAUCCAACCCGUCCAUCCGCAAAAGGCAGCAGACUCGUCUGCUCAGGAAACUGCGAGCCACCCUGGAUGAGUACACCACCAGAGUGGGCCAACAGGCUAUAGUGCUGUGUAUCUCUCCCUCCAAACCCAACCCUGUGUUCAAGGUGUUUGGUGCUGCUCCCCUUGAGAAUGUGGUCAGGAAGUAUAAGGGCAUGAUGUUGGAGGAUCUGGAGAACGCUCUGGCUGAACAUGCCCCUGCUGGGGGAGAUCUGGCCUCAGAGCUGCCCCCUCUCACCAUUGAUGGCAUCCCUGUCUCUGUGGACAAGAUGACCCAGGCCCAGUUGCGAGCGUUCAUCCCAGAAAUGUUGAAGUACUCGACAGGCAGAGGGAAGCCUGGCUGGGGAAAGGAGAGCUGCAAGCCAGCGUGGUGGCCUGAGGAUAUCCCUUGGGCCAACGUCCGCAGUGACGUCCGCACAGAAGAGCAGAAACAGAGGGUGUCUUGGACGCAGGCGUUGCGAACCAUCGUUAAGAACUGCUACAAGCAGCACGGCCGUGAGGAUCUGCUGUAUGCUUUUGAAGACCAACAGAUAACCACGACAGCACCCACUCAGCACCACCUGACCACUGCGCAGAGUAUCGCUCACCUUGUGCCCUCACAAACUGUGGUACAGACCAUCAACAACCCUGACGGAACAGUCUCGCUCAUCCAGGUUGGUACGGGACACACAGUUGCCACCCUGGCAGAUGCAUCAGAGCUGCCCGGUGUUACGGUGGCACAGGUCAACUACUCCACUGUGACUGAUGGAGAGGUGGAGCAGAACUGGGCCACUCUCCAAGGUGGCGAGAUGACGAUCCAAACCACUCAGGCCUCAGAGGCUACGCAGGCGGUAGCAUCCCUGGCUGAAGCCGCCGUCGCUGCCAGUCAGGAGAUGCAGCCCGGAGCCACCGUCACAAUGGCUCUAAACAGUGAGGCAGCAGCCCAUGCGGUGGCCACAUUGGCAGAAGCCACUCUACAAGGCGGAGGGCAGAUUGUCCUGGCAGAGACAGCAGCUGCUGUUGGGGCACUUGCAGGGGUUCAAGAUGCCACAGGUCUGGUCCAGAUCCCGGUCAGCAUGUACCAGACUGUAGUGACCAGCCUCGCCCAGGGCAACCGGCCCGUCCAGGUUGCCAUGGCACCUGUUGCCACACGCAUAGAUAACACUGUCACGCUGGACGGCCAGGCGGUGGAGGUUGUGACCCUGGAACAGUGACAAUUAAAACCCUGGAAAGAGUAGAAGGCACUGAAUGGCCACCUUGGAGAUUUGUCUAUCCUACUGUUUUCCAAGACAUCACGCUGUGUACAAUGUCAAAUAUAUUUUUAAAUGUACAUCUGCAGGGGAAGUAAAAGUGAGUUAUCGAUUCAUUGUGUUUACUAUGUAAAAAGAUUGCUUUUGUUGGUGUAAUUUUUCUCCCAUUUAGCUUCAUGUUUUUUUUUUUAGCUCUGUGAUGUUGAGUAUUUAGUAUUUAUUUCUUUACAAUUAACCUUUACUUAAAACAAAGAUGAACCAAAAAGCUCGGGAGGAAAGCCACCACUGCGUCACACAGUGUGUAACUAUCACUGUUCUGGAUUUUCAUUGUCGUCUAUGUGCUACUGUACCGUUUUGUUUUUAGGAUGUAUUUACAAUUCAGUGCCAUAGUCAGAAAUCACUCCUCUGUUUUCCAUAUUCAUGACCAUUCUAAAUUUUACUCUGACCACCUCAACUUACCUAAAAACCUGUUAGUAUACAGAGCAGCAUUGGAGCAGGAGACACUCCCAGACAUCUCUCACAUUAGACGAUGAAAUAUUACUUUGGAAUACCGUCGUCUUGUGUGCUUUUCCCUGUGCUGUUUUACCGUAGUCCACGCACAUGCCAAGAUUUGUGAAGACUCAGGAUAUACAUCAAGGUGUUUUUUACUGAUGGACUGCUAAGAUGACUUCCCAAAGCAGCCAUUUUGUCUACCAAAUCCAUUUAUUUACACUGCAUGGAUAGAAGCACCCCUUGGUAUGUUAUUUUUUUAACAUGAACCCUUUGUAUGUCAAUUAAGACUCGGUGGCCUGCAUCACAGAAAGUUAGUCAAACUUGGACAUGAGCUGCAGUAUUUGUGAUGCAAACAUCAAAAAAAGUAUUUCCUUAAAACUUACAACAACAAAAUUGCUUGCCAAGAAUCUACGUAGUUGGAUGCAGCUGUAACAUUUGGUUCAACUUUCACCACUAUUUAAAAAAGUCCAAUAAAAGGCUGCUGUUCACCAUUCA